GAUUAUCACAUUAGCUUGGUUAGUUAGCUAGCCGUGAAAAAACAGAUUGCCUGGUUUCCCCGGCUAUAUGUUUACACUUUAUUCUUCUUAAAAAGGCACUAGGAGGACUCUGCGCGUUUCUGCUGGGAUUGUGUUUGAAUAUCGCCCGUAGGAAAGGAUCAUCUCCGUGUGUUGUACGGAUCCUAACGAUGAGUUAUGCUGAAAAGCCAGAAGACAUCACGAAAGAAGAGUGGAUGGAAAAACUGAACAAUGUUCACAUACAGAGGGCGGACAUGAAUCGGCUCAUUAUGAAUUACCUGGUGACAGAAGGGUUCAAAGAAGCGGCGGAGAAGUUUCGUAUGGAGUCUGGCAUCGAGCCGAGUGUGGACCUGGACUCUCUGGAUGAGCGGAUAAAGAUCAGAGAGAUGAUCCUGAAGGGACAGAUCCAGGAAGCCAUCGCCCUCAUCAACAGCCUGCACCCCGAGCUGCUGGACACCAACCGCUACCUCUACUUCCACCUGCAGCAGCAGCAUCUGAUCGAGCUGAUCCGUCUGAGGGAGACGGAGUCGGCGCUGGAGUUCGCUCAGACUCAGCUGGCGGAGCAGGGCGAGGAGAGCAGGGAGUGUCUGACGGAGAUGGAGAGGACGUUAGCGCUGCUCGCCUUCGACAACCCCGAGGAGUCGCCCUUCGGAGACCUGCUCAACAUGAUGCAGCGGCAAAAGGUGUGGAGCGAGGUGAACCAGGCGGUGCUGGACUACGAGAACAGAGAGUCGACUCCCAAACUGGCGAAGCUGCUGAAGCUGCUGCUGUGGGCCCAGAACGAGCUGGACCAGAAGAAGGUCAAAUACCCCAAAAUGACGGACCUGAGCACGGGAACCAUCGAGGACCCCAAGUGAACCGCCCCACCCUCUAUCCCCCCCCCCCCCCACUUAAUUUAUGACCAGGCAGUGACUGUGUGACAGCCAGGUUUGUGUAUAAACAGAUGCUAACUUCACGUUUCAUUCAUGGGAGGUAAAACUGUAAAUUGCUGUAUUUACAAAAUAUAAAUGUAGUUUACUGAUCCUGGAUUUUUGGUUAAAUCUCGGAGACGACAAUUCAAAUAAAGCCUAAGCUAGGAGUAUUAUUUAUUUUGACCCUGAGACUUUAUCUUACCAGAGAGCAAGGUGGUAACAGAGGGGAGGAAAAUAACGAUCACUGCUUCAAAUCAGAGUUUAACAUUUGAAAUUUCAUACAAAAAAUGUGAGUAUUUUUCAAUGAAAAGGAAGGAGACACUUUAUUAAAUGUAACAUAGUUUUAAUUAAUAUAGUAUUUUAUGGUUUCUUGUCUGAAAACUCGUUUCUUUUUGGUACGUAAUAUAAAAACAAGACAUUUUGAGAACAUGCCGUCCAUUUUUGAAGCCGUCAGUAUUUUCUCAUGCAUGGAAAUGUUUUUUCAACGGGGAAAAGUCUGUUGUUGUGCUUGUUUAUUUUUUGUUUACUUGCUGCUUGUUGUCCAUCCUUAAUUUAUUUUAAGGUUGUAUUGUCUUUAUAGAUAUAUUGGCUUUGACAAAUACUGAAACCCAGAGAGCUCACGUCCCUUUUAUUAUUCCACAUUUUUAAAGCGCAGAUUUGCAAAUAUUAAAAUAAACAAAACUUUUGUGAACCAUA